AGUUGUGAUGUAGGCUGAGGGUCCAGUUCCAUCUCUUCCAAGAUGGCUGCUGUGAAGAACUCUGUGUCUGAGGACCCCCUCCUGGGCAAAGGCCCUGACAAGGACGCCUCAGAGGUGUCUUUGUCAGGGAGUGUGUUAGACUCUGGGAGUGUCCUCUCAGAUGACUACGAGCAGGAAGGUGAUUCACAGGGUACUGCCAACACGCUGUAUGAUGUGUGCACUCGGAAUGACCCCCUGGCGCUCCGAAAGGUUCUGGAGAGAGGGGUUACAAAAGAGGAGGUCAUGGCGGUAGACCACAACGGCUGGACUGGACUGAUGGUGGCGUGCUAUAAGGGUUUUUUGGACAUUGUGCAAUCUCUUUACCACUGUCCCUACCUGGACAUAAAUCACCAGGACAACGAUGGCAACACAGCACUGAUGAUCGCUGCACAAGCAGGUCACACCAUUACAGUGACCUACAUCCUAAACUACUACCCCGGGGCAGACACAGAGAUCCGGGACUGCCGUGGCUUCACCGCACUCAUUAAAGCUGCCAUGCAGGGCCGAGACGAUGUGGUGUCUUCCCUCGUCAUGGCCGGUGCAGACCUAAAUGCAAUAGACACCAGGAAGCAGAAGUGUGCGCGGGACUGGGCACUAAAGACGGGCCGCUACGAGACCUUGAGCCGCCUCCGCCGCCUCAACCUGCGGCCUAGAGCCGAGCAGUUUACUGAGAGCUACAUCCCCGAGUGGCCAGAACUGAAAGUGCUGGUGGCCAAAGCCACAGCCAACAAGAGCACCGGCCAGAUGAUCACCCAGCGCAUCAAGUCCACCUUCAGCUUCAAUUUUCUCCAAGACCCCCAGGACAACGGGGUCUUGGACCAUAUGGUGCGUAUCACCACCAGCAUCCACAGCCCUUUGGUGGCCACCGCCUGCCGGCCGCUAUGCCCCACCAGCCCCCCCGAGGUGGGAAAGAGGCGCUUGGCCGUGCCUGAGCUGAGGAAGAAGCACUCAGAGAAGAAGCUGGAGGAGAGCUCUGUGUGCCACAGCAAAGGCUCCGUCUCCGUCUCCUCCAUCAUUCCACACAUCCACUUGGCCGAGACCAUCGCCACGUCCUGCUGUGUGGACACAGAGCGCAGGGGCAGUAUUAUCUCUAUAGCCUCAAUCGGGGUGUGCACCUUCAUGCCCAGGAACAUGGCCCACAGGAAUAGUGUGUUCCCUUCCGGCUGCAUCCCCAAGAUCCAGAUAGUGAAGUCUGGAGAGCCCACGCCUAGGAAGGAAAAAAAGAAGAAGAGGCACAAGGGUCACCUGGAGCUGCCCGUAUGGAAGUACAAAGCAGAGAAGCAAGAGAAUAAGGAGAAGAAGAAAGCAGAGAAAGAAAAAGAGAAGGCCAAGAAGGAAAAGGAAAGGAAAAAGAAGAGAGAGAAGUAGUGAGAUGUCUAAAGCUGCCAAUUUAUUUCGAUGCCACACAUUUCCAAUAACUUCCUAUAUAUUUUUCCUGGAGUUAUACUCCAAACAUCUGAAUGAUGAAGUACUGCUCAAAUUACUCAAAGGUUUGGACUCGGUUUUAUGGCCAAUGCAGUAAAAUUGAUUCUUUAAAGGCCAUCAUAUUCAUACUGCUUUGUAAAGUUUUUUUUUUUUUACAGGACCAGUAAAGGCCCCGUGCACUA